GCGCCAUCAGCAGACAUAAAAAUAUCUACUGACGGAAAUAAUGCAGGCUUCUUAAUUACAAACGUAUUACCAGGAGAUUAUAAUUAUGACGGUAUCUUGGAUAUUUUGGUUAUGGGUCAAGUGAGCCCGGGCGACUCUUCUAAACAACUUUAUAUGCGCGUUUAUAUGGGUACUGGAAAUAGUACAUUUGACCCUAAUUAUUACAACGUUCCCUCAUCUACCGCACAGCAACCUAUUCCACUCGAUUUUUAUGGAAGUAUGAAGGUUGAUUUACUUGGGCAUCAAUUUGGUGAUAGUUCACAUAUUUCAAUAUGGAAAAAUGUAUUCAAUGCAACAACCAGAACAUUAUUCGAAGUAGUUCAAAUGCCGGUGAAUGGCGCAUUUCAAAAUUGUACAAUAUCAGAUCCACAUUCGAAUGCUUUUAUAGAUCUUAACGGCGAUUGUUUGGCCGGAUUUACAUUUAGUCAGUCUGGAAAUUUACCGGAUGGAACAGGACAAAUAUCUUUCGCAGAUAUGGACAUGGUUUAUCCGGUCUGUUCUUCUGGUGGCACCUGUAAAAUUCAUAUUGCAUAUAACAAACAAAUACCAUUGUGUUCUGGUUCAGAAAGGGAUUAUAAUUUUGAUGGAUAUCCUGAUAUUCUUGUAAUUAGUUCAUCUGGUUCUACAUAUCGAGCAUCAUUAUUUCAGUCAGUCUCUUGCACAAGUCAAAAAUGUAAUUCAUUGGAAGUUGAGUCUCAAAGGCGUACAUUUACCAGAGUUGUAGAUGGAGCCUCUGCCCUAAAUGACAUCACAGACGCUAGAUCCGCUGCAUUUAUGGAUCUUGAUGAAGAUGUAAAUACCUGA